ACGUUCCAUUUCGGUAUUCUGAAAGGGACUUGACUUUGCUAAGUUCGACGAAAUUCAAAUGCCAUAGUCAACAACACCAUUACUAGGCUUACAGAUAAAUCGGUCACCGGAAUUCGAUCUCAUCUUUCAAUCCCUUCCAUUCAAAGAAAUCUCCGAGGAAGCGAAACUGUCUCUCUCCAGCUCCACUCCAAACGACUAUUGACAACAACCUUGUUAGGAAUCGAGUCCCCAUCCCAAACGAGCCCAUAGACAUUCAACAAUUACUGCUGCAGACAGAUAACCAUGGACUAUACUGAAUAUGAUCGUUCUGUUUUUAUCCAAUGUAUAUAUGUUUUUUGUAAUGGGUAGACGUCACUGUAAAUGGUCGUUGGGACAAGGAAAAAACCUAUUUCAUGAUUAAGCCCAAGACAAGAUUUUGGGUGAAAACGAAAGGUUUUGUUAAGGUUUCCAUUUAUAUAGAGAAUUCCUCUCCUUCUGUUAAUAAUUCCACAUAUCCUUCUGAAGCCCCACCAACAAUGGCCAUAUCCUCACUCCUAUCCUUCACUACUCAUGCCUUGAUUUUGCUGCUACUCCACUUCUCGGCCGCGAAGCAUGGCGGCUCCCGCCACCAUGGCCGCCUGAACCAUCACCCCCAUCGCCGCCCCUCUCCGACUACAAACCCGAGGCUCCACCAGGCUUACAUUGCAUUUCAGGCGUGGAAGCGGGUGAUAUACUCCGACCCGCGCAACCUCACCUCCAAUUGGUCCGGACCUUCUGUGUGCAAUUACACUGGAGUCUACUGCGCCCCCUCCCCUGAUGAUCCGGAUACCACCGUGGUUGCUGGGAUAGACCUCAACCAUGGUGAUAUUGCAGGCCUCCUCCCUGAGGAACUUGGCCUCCUCGCAGACCUUGCCCUGCUCCACCUCAACAGUAACCGGUUUUGUGGGAUACUUCCCCGGACUCUAUCAAACUUGGCGCUCCUCUUUGAGCUUGAUAUAAGCAACAACCGGUUUGUGGGUCCAUUCCCUUCGGUUGUGCUUUCCCUGCCUUCACUUCGCUUCCUAGACAUUCGCUACAAUGAGUUCGAAGGACCAUUGCCCCCCGAGGUCUUCAGCAAAGGCCUGGAUGCAAUAUUUGUGAACAACAACUGGUUAAGCAGCAACAUCCCGCCAACAGCUUUUAGCGGAAAUACCUCAGCUUCGGUUCUCGUCUUUGCGAACAACAAACUAGGGGGUUGCUUACCUCCGAGCAUUGCCAACUUUGCCAGCACUUUAGAAGAGCUGCUUCUGAUCAACACAAGCUUAUCAGGCUGUUUGCCCCCCGAAGUCGGGUAUCUGUACGAACUACGGGUUCUUGAUGUGAGCUUUAAUGAGAUUGAGGGUCCGAUUCCUUACAGUCUCGCAGGGCUCGCGCAUUUGGAGCAGCUGAAUUUGGGACAUAACUCGAUGGCUGGACUUGUGCCGGCAGGGAUCUGCGGUCUCCCAAACUUGAAGAACUUCACUUACUCGUACAACUUCUUUUGUGAGGAGGAGGGGAUCUGUUCGAACCUCACAGAAAGAGGAAUCAUAUUCGACGAUCGCCAAAAUUGCCUACCAGAGAAGCCGCUGCAGAGGAGCAAAGAGGAGUGUGCUGCGGCAGCAGAGCACCCCAUUGACUGCUACGAGCAUCCCUGUGGUGGAGGCUAUGGUUAUGGUGGUGAUUCUGCCAGUUUCACUGGUGGCAGCACCAGUUUAACCCCAGCAACAAUGCCACCGGUCUCCCCAUCUCCAUCGCCUUCAGGCUAUCCCUAGCCACCCUUAUCGAUAACUAGCGAAAAUUACUAUACUUUUCAGUCCAUGUCUUGUUUGAAAGAAUGGAAAGGUCUCAAUGUGAAGCAGCUUGCAUGGCGAUUUCACAUUGACUCCUUUCCAUUUUUAUAACUAGACAUGGCGUUGUGCCUUAUUAAGGUUACAAAGUCGGGAUAGAACGAUAGUUCUGUAAGUAAUUAUAUGAACCUUGUAAACAUGUGAAGUGGACCCUGAAAUUGAUUAAGAGAGAUCAUAGAUGAAAAUGGCAGAGACUGAACUACUUCCGAAUUCA